AUGGCUAACUGGUCACCCCUGUUCGACAAAGUUAUAUCUGCUAAGGACAUCAGAGAGAGAACCAUUACUACGUAUAGGAGAGAGGAGUAUCGGUUGUUUGCGGACUCCAUUCCCGCUGAACUUUGCAACAUUCCCCCUCCGUUUCUUAUUAGUAUCAAUACGAGUGUAAUGUUCAGAGAUGUUGUUUAUGAACCGUGCGUUUUAGAAUAUUCUCGGAGUGUAGAUCGCGGCAAGUUUGUGCUCCACCUCUCCAGUGAUUUAAAUCUUACGCCUGAUCGCAGGCUUGAUGCCUCUUUCAGGUGGAUUGGCACCCACCUUCGAAUAAGGUUGGAGCCGGCUGUUAGCCCCCAGGCUCUGCUGGAUUUAAAUCGGGAGGUCAUGGAGUUUCAGGAGCUCACGGAGAAACCUAUCAGCAGGGACGACACUACUUACAAACAGUUCCGUUUACCACAAAUGGAUGUGCGGCCGUUCUAUAAUAUCUGUCCAGACGAGGUGAAGGCAGCUAUUGAUCAUGGCGCGGCUUUUUCGGUUCAAAUUUUCCCUCCCGGCAAGGAUGAAAGUUUCGGGGCUGAUAUGUUAUUCGAGAAAGGAUUCUCGAGCAGCCUGGAGUAUUGCACCGUUACAAUCAUUCUAAACAAUUACCUGUCCAAUAGCGAAAAUGCUGAUGCAUUUAUUGCUGGAAAGAUCCUUAAGGUUUGGUACCGGGAGGCGUCUAAGAAACUGAAGCUGGCGUUCACUGCAACGCGGACAGACAUUGAGCUCCUCCCGCUUCUAAUAUAAACAAAAUCCAGCAGAAUACGGCGCCGGGCUGCAGUCGAAAUGAUUUAUUUGUUUUUGUAAUUUUUAUUAUAGUCGGAAUGACUGUGAGACACUUUAUAUUUUUAUGUGGUGGUUAAUCUUGUGACUGUUAAACACUUGCUAUUUUUGUGGGGCUUUGAA